GAUUGUAAAAAUAAUUAACUAUGGAUGCAACAUUCGUUGUUAUCGGAGGAGGAAUUGCUGGAGUAUCAUGUGUAGAAGGUUUAUCAUUCUUAGAAAGUGAUGAAAAAACAAUUUUAAUAAGCGCCAAUGCAUUGGUAAAAACUGUCACGAAUGUAAUUCCACUGGGUAAAACUAUUAUGAAAUUUGAUGUUGCAGAAAAAGAUUUCCAAUCUAUAAUGGAUCGUAACUCAUCAUUGUCUGUUAUUAAUGAUGUCGUCACUUUGGUUGAUACAAAAGAAAAAAUAGUAGAAACUCAAAGAGGAGUAAAGAUAAAGUUUAAAAAAUUAUGUUUAUGUACUGGAGCAAAACCUCGCAUCAUAUAUGACAAUCCUUAUGUUUUGGGAAUUCGAGAUACAGAAUCAGUUGAGACUUUUUCAAAAAAAAUCAUCAACGCUCGGAAAAUAAUUGUUGUUGGAAACGGAGGUAUAGCUACAGAAAUAGUUCAUGAAGUCGAGAAUGUCGAAAUAAUUUGGGUAAUUAAAGAUAAACAUAUUUCUGCAACAUUUUUCGAUCCUGGAGCAGCAGAAUUCUUCAAAGAUAAAUUAUUAAAAAAUACACCUAAGGAUACUGGAGAAGAAAAUAUUUGUAAACGAUUUAAAUACACAGUAAUUGGAUCUAAAAAGGAUUCGAAUAAUGUUGGAGCAGCUCUUGGUCCAGAUUGGCAUGAGUCAUUUGUUAUGAAAGGUCAAAAAAAUAAUUCUACAAAAGUAGAUAUAGAGUAUGAAUGUGAAAUAGCUCGAAUUUUAAAUCCAGAAGAAAUUCCUGCGAACUCUGAUUGGCCUGUUCAUGUUGAAUUAACGAAUGGAAAAGUCAUAGGUUGUGAUUUCAUCGUUUCAGCAACAGGAGUUAUUCCAAAUACUGAUAUCAAGGGAUUAGAAGAAUUAAAAAGAGGUGAUGAUGGUGGUUUUUUGGUCGAUUGGAAAUUAGAAACAUCUGUGAAUGAUAUCUAUGCAGCUGGAGAUGUCUGUUCAGCUGGUUGGGAUUUAGCAGAGCAAUGGUUUCAAAUGAGAUUAUGGACUCAAGCCCAUCAAAUGGGUCGAUAUGCUGCUAAAUCAAUGGCAUCAACUCUAAGAGGCGACGAAUUUUUCCAAGAUUUUUGUUUCGAGUUAUUUUCACAUGUCACUACCUUUUUUGGAUAUAAAGUAGUUCUCCUAGGAUUAUACAAUGGCCAGAAGUUGGAAAAAAAUCAUGAAAUUUUACUGAGGUUAACAAAAAAUUUGGAAUACAUAAAACUUGUUAUUAAAGACGGUAAACUUCAAGGUGCAGUGCUUAUCGGAGAAACUGAUCUUGAAGAAAUGUGCGAGAAUUUAAUUCUUAAUCAGCUAGAUGUUAGUAUUUAUGGUGAGGAUUUAUUGAAUCCUAAUAUAGAUAUAGAGGAUUACUUUGAUUAAUUAUUCUAAUUUUAUUGGAUUGUAUUAUGAUAAGGCAUCGUCUUGAUAAUAAAAAUAAUACUAAUAUUGACAAAUGUAUAAAAUCUUUAUUCAUUAAGACAUUGUUUACCAUUGCAAU